AUGUUUUGCUCAUUACGUUAUUUAACGGUUACUGCACGGUUACUCUUCGUUCUGCACCUACACUCAUCGCUCGUCGCCAGCCCACCAGUUUUAGUUUAGUCUUUAGUCGCGAUUGUUAUGAUCUCGUAAAAAGUCGGUGUUCCUGAGUGUUAUUGAGUGUGUGACCUGUGUAAGUGUGCGAUGAACCAAAUAAUUAAAUAGGAUAUGGCAGAGCAACAUCGCGAACCACCAGAACGCGAAUUAGAACAGCAAAUCUUGCAGAUCAAGAAACAACAACAGCUGCAACAUCAGAUUUUGCUGCAGCAUUUUCAACAGCAGCAACAGCACUUGGUGGAGCAACACGAGCAGCAGUUGCGACAACAUCUGAAAGAGUUUUGGGACAGACAGAAACAGUUACAAGAGCUUAGGCAACGCGAACAACUGGAAGCUUUACGAAAAAAAGAAAAACAUGAGGAAAGUGCAGUGGCUUCCACAGAAGUUAAACAAAAGUUGCAGUCGUUUUUACGACAAAGAGCUUCUGGAGGAAAGAAUUCCAGGCCAGAAAACUCAUGUUGGUCAGAGGGGAUGGAUACGGGAUCAGAUUGUUCGACCACCAACAACGACUUUCCACUGCGAAAAACAGCUUCCGAACCAAACCUGCUCAAAGUCCGCCUGAAACAGCGGGUAAUGGAACGCCGCUGCAGCCCUAUGAGCAAGCGGCUUCCGCCGUCGCUCAAGAAGAAACUGCUCAGUUCGUGUCUCCCGCCUAGUGAAUCACCUCCCCAAGAACCGCCCAAGGAGCUGAGUCCGCCCUGCGAGUCCGAAGAGUACCAGAGGCACGCACUCUUCAGCAGCCCUUCUAUGCCGAACAUCUCGCUAGCAGCCCAUCACGUGCUUUCACCUGAUCUGUCAGAAGCAGCUGUACGGGCGGCAUGUACGGCUAGGUUAGGCAUGCCCUUGACCGGUCAAAUGCUGCCGGGCACGCUACCCUUCUACCCCUCCCUACCCGCGAUUGAGAGCGAACACGAAGAAACCCCCCUUGACACCAUCAGUGAGUUGCAGGAACCUCAGACGAGAGGCGUUAUCCGCCCUUUGGGUAGAACACAAUCGUCGCCUCUUCCUUUAGGUCACCCUUUAUUGGGCGGUCCUCCGCCACCCGAUCUGCAACCGCCCCCGCCACAGCUUCAUCAGCAUCCGCCCGCCGAGGAACAAGAACAGAGAGAUUUGGAACUGAGAGCGAAUGAGUCCAGAAGUAUACGACCGUUAUCGAGGGCGCUGAGUUCUCCUGUUGUACACCUUGGACCGCCUGGGGAAGGACCAACGUUAACGAGGCGGCGAGCUUCUUCCACUCCUACUACUGGUCUCGCCUACGAUAACCAGAUGCUCAAACACGCAUGCGUUUGCGGAAAUAACGCCCUUCAUCCUGAACAUGCUGGUAGAUUGCAGAGUAUUUGGUCGAGGUUACUUGAAACUGGUUUGGUUUCCAGAUGUGAUAGGUUACGACCAAGGAAAGCAUCGACCCAAGAACUGCAAGCCUGUCAUUCGGAAGCUCACUCCUUACUUUACGGAACUAGUUCUUUAAAUAGGCAUAAGAUGGACAUGAGUAAACUUAGUGCUUUACCAGUCAACGCUUUUGUGAGAUUACACUGUGGAGGUAUUGGGGUUGAUACAGACACAACAUGGAAUGAAUUAUAUACUGCACCUGCUGCCAGAAUGGCGGUCGGUUGCACUGUUGAUUUGGCAGUACGUACCUGGACAGGAGAUAUCAGGAAUGGUUUUGCAAUAGUCAGACCUCCAGGUCAUCAUGCGGAACCACAACAAGCCAUGGGAUUUUGCUUUUUCAAUUCGGUAGCGAUUGCUGCACGAAUUCUUCAACGUGAACAUCGAGUUCAUAAGAUACUCAUAUUUGACUGGGAUGUUCAUCAUGGCAAUGGAACACAAGAGAUUUUUUAUGAUGAUCCAAGAGUCUUGGUAAUUUCAAUGCAUCGACACGAUGAUGGAAAUUUCUUUCCUGGGACAGGUGGAGUUACUGAAUGUGGUUCUGGAGCAGGAGUAGGAUUCAAUGUGAACAUAGCAUGGUCAGGAGGCUUGAACCCACCACUCGGUGACGCAGAGUAUCUUGCUGCAUUUAGGAGCAUAAUAUUUCCAAUUGCACGAGAGUUUGGACCCGAUAUAGUUCUUGUUUCUGCUGGAUUUGAUUCUACCGAGGGACAUCUGGCUCCUUUGGGUGGUUACAGAGUAUCUCCGGCAUGUUUUGGAUACAUGACACGUCAACUGAUGCAGCUGGCACGAGGCCGAAUUGUUUUGGCCUUGGAGGGAGGCUAUGACCUGCCUUCUAUUUGUGACUCAGCUGAGGAGUGCGUAAGGGUUCUGCUGGGUGAUCAGCCAUCUCCUAUCUCCCCUAUUGAACUAUCCCGUGUACCUUGUCCUAAUGCUAUCCUCACCAUGCAGAAAGUUAUUGCAAUUCACACUGUUCGUUGGCCGUGUCUUCAGGAAGUUGUGAAAACUGCUUCAUGUUCAUUCAACGACGCCGUUCGGAAUGAAAAGGAUGACAAAGACACUGUCAAUGCUAUGGCCAGUCUGUCGAUGCAGCAUGCUGCGACCAACAUGAUUGGGUCUCCACCUGCUUAUCAUCCGAACAGCCCUCAGCAUGUGUUACGACCGAACGCGUGAAAGUUGAAGGAAUAAGCUCAUUUUGUACCAAAAUUUCAAUUGAAAAUUGAGUAUGAUUCGUUAGGAGAAACUUGAAGGUUAUUUUAUGGGUUAGUGUUCCAUCGAUUUAGAAUUAGGAGUAAAUUGUUGAUCUGGAAAGAAACUUCAUGAUAAGCUACUGUUUCACAAAUUCUCUUCAACUAAGAUUGCUAUUUGCAUUCCAUACAAAUAUUGAAUGCACCAAAUGCAUUGCAUUGAAUGUAAAUAUUGAAUUGCGCCAAAAAAAUUUCUCAAUCAAUUGAUCGUACUGUCGCAACUCAGUACUCGCUUGGCUUAUUAACGAAGGAUUUUAUUCGUUGUUUCACCCAUUCAUGAUUCAUCCAAAUAAUGAAAAAUCUCAUUUAAAAACUUGAGUAAAUAUUUAUUGCAACGAAAUGUGGAAAAUACUUCAGGAAUAAACUUACACUAAAAUGUUAAUAAAAAAAUACUAUAAAUCACGAAAAACUUACAUUAUACUGCCACCCAGCAGGAUCGAAGAAAAGGAGAUAUGCUGUAUUUCUGGAACCUUUUCUGAUGAUCAAUAGAUACUGAAUGAAUUUCUCAAUGCUGUCUGUUCAUGAUCUUGACCUCCCUCAAUAUUUAUGAAGAUUUAUAC